GAUUUCUUGCAGAGGACAGAGCUGCAGACUGACCUCUCAAAGCUAUGAUUUUUACUUUAACCUGCUUCAUGUUUCUCCACACAGUUGGAAAUCCUGCCAGCUGUGUGUCACCAAAUGUUCAUGAUGACCAACUGAUGUCCAAUCAGAGCUUAAGGGGCAUGUCAGUUGGAAAUGCGACAAAUUAUGAGUGUUCAAAUUGUUCUAAUCAGACAUCAAAUCAGACUUCCGAUAACAAAGCCUCCAUAUGCAGCUAUGAGAAUAUUAUAGACCACCUAGGUCUGACCAAAUACAAGGAUCGUUUUACCAUGAGUAGACCUGUCAAAGAUCAUAAAAAUAAAACAGUCAUAUACCUUGAAAUGGAGGUCUAUGCCAUUCUGGAUGUGAAAGAGACAGAUCAGACAUUCAUUGCAUAUGUUUGGAUUUACAUGGACUGGGGAAAUGACUACGCUAAAUGGAAUAAAGAGGACUUUUGUGGAAUUUCAGCCAUAAUAGUUCCGUCAGAGGCAUUGUGGAAGCCAGACCUAACGAUUGAAGAGAUGAUCGAGAAGGACAAAUCACCUCCAAGUCCUUUUCUAAAGAUAUAUCAUAAUGGAACGAUUGAAUUUAGAAAUGACCAGAUUGUGAUCAGCACCUGCAAGAUGCAUGUUUAUAAAUUCCCCUUUGACAUUCAGAGCUGUAACAUCUCCUUUAAGUCUUACUUGUAUGGAGAAAAUGAAUUGGACAUUACAUUCCAAGAAAAUAGUACAGAAAUUACUAAGUGGUCUCGUGAUGUUAUGGCGACAGAAUAUGAGUGGGUGUUUGUCAACAUGUCGGUUUUCAAUACUACUGUGAACCAUUUUGAGUUCCCUCAAACCGUGGUUAUUUACACUAUAUUUAUGAGGAGGAAGUCUGUUCUUCAUUUUGCUAGUUUUGUGAUGCCUGUCCUCUUCUUCCUGUGUUUGGACUUUUUCUCCCUCCUGAUGCCGCACAAUGGAGGGGAGAAGGUUGGCUUCAAGACCACUGUGCUCCUAGCAAUCACAGUGAUGCAACUUAUUUUAAUUGAGAUUCUACCAUUUACAUCAAGCAAGAUUCCUCUUAUAGUGAUUUACUGUAAUGGGAUUUUUGGGCUGAUGUUGCUCAGCCUCCUGGAGACUAUUGUGGUGAACUAUCUAGCAGAGAAGGACUCUGCAUCUCAGGACGAGCUAAAGGAAGGCUUUCAUUGUGCAUCCAGGUUUCCUGAGGUGGCUAAUAAAUCACCAUUUACUGACCAAGAGGGCACCAACAACCAACUGACUAAGAUAUUCCUGGCUGUGGAAAAGGUCUCAGACGAGCUGCAGGAGAUGAAAAAAUCAGUGACAUUCCUGAAAGAGCCAAAGCCCGGCUAUUGGACAGAACUCGCAAAAAGAAUUGACAAGUUUUUCUCGGUUUUAUAUGUCACAGCAGUUCUUGUGUUUUUGAGUGUUCUCUUUGCCAAGUGGCUCACAUAAGCAGACAAAUGGAGAAAAGGAUUAAACAUGUUUAAGUUGGUGUUGCAUUGCAAGACUAUAACAUUGGAACAUUUGAAGCUAUAUUUCAGACAAGUCAAACCUGACUUAGACUUAGACAACUUUAUUUGUCAUUUUGUAUGUACAGAGUGCAUACAGAACAAAAUUUUGUGCAUACAA